AUGUAUUUCAAUGAUCACUAUCUAGAUGGGUUUGAAUUCGGGUUGAGAUUGAGAACAGAGAACAGACUUUUAAGAGAAAGGAUUGAUAACUUGGAGGCCGAGACAGCUUCCCUGGCGGAUAGGUUGGUGCAGGAUCAGGUCAAAAACAUUGAGAAACACGGCAGACAAAAUGACGACGACGACAACAACAACUCCGACGGCAGUGGCAAUGAUGACGAAGCGACCUGCAAACGUCUGCGUGGGCAGAUAGAGGAGUACGUUGCGCGGGAGAUCUCCCACCUGGCCAGCAUGCAGGACAUGAAGAUGAGGAUUGCCGAGCUGGAAAAGCAGCUGCAGCAGGAUCCAGCACCAUCCUCCUCUUCAACGUCAUCCUUCCCUUCACCAUCGGGCAGUCAUCACCACCAUCACCACGUGGUAGACAUCAGAGAGUUGCAGCAGCAGUUGGUUCUCAGCAAGUUGAGGGAGGCAGAAACGAACUCGUCUGCCAAGGAACUCGAGAGGAAAGUUCUCGAACUUGAUAAGUAUUGGCAGACUCACCUAGCUCUAACGAACAGUCCUGACCCUGGCAAGACGAAAGUUCAAAAGGCCAAACUGCAACUGCUGACAGAAGAACUUCUUUCAACAAAACUUAAGGAAGCCUUUUAUAUCAACGAACUCAUGGGCCUCAAGGUCAAGGUUGUUGACCUCGAGACAAAAAUUCACGUGGACGAGCGGCUGAUCAGAAAAUUAGAGGACGAAGUUGAAGCAUUGAAGGUCAAACUGUCAGCCUACGAAACGAAAGAGAUUGAAUAUGAAACCGAGAUACGUGGUCUGCAGAGACAACUCUCCAAGAACCAGACCAAGAACGAGGAGUUGUUGGCAGCCGAGAAGAUCAGCCACAGGGACAGCAGCCACAACAAGUUGGUCAGCAUCACUGACAUCGAUGUCAAGAUAGAGGAUCUCCACCAACAGAUUAUUCAGCUUAAACAAAUCAAACGCUUACGAAUGUCAGCCGCUUCCACGCCGACCUCCGACGCCACCAACUGCAACAGCCACAACAACGACAACACGACAACUCAACACACGGACGACAACAUAAACAACAGCGUGAACAAUCUCUCUCUCUUAUCUUCAUCAUCUCACUGGAACAACAACAUGGAGUCGGACAGUGACACCGAAGAUUUUGAAAGGUACAAACUGACGGACUGCACCUUCUCCAACUACCAGCUGCCAUCUCCAAUCACUGCCAGAAAGAUGUUCGGACCUGAUUUUGAUUUGUUUGCUGCACCUGGAACAGCGUCAGAUGCAGCUACGUUGAAGAGAAAGUCUGCAGCUUCUUCCGCCAACCACAGCAGCCACAACUACCGGUGUAUUAAUAAAAAUGUUGAGAAUGGUGACAGUAGUAAUGAUUUCAGUGAUAAAAACGAAAGUUGUGGUGAUGGUGAUGAAAGAGAUGAUGUGGAUGGUGGUGUCGGGGAAUCGAAGACCAAGGCAGGGAGGUUAAGGUCACUGGAUAGUUUGAUAGAAAAUGAAAGAACAAAAUCUGUACCAGUAUCGUCAUCAUCAUCAUCACCGUCAUCAUUGCUGCUGUCAACAUCAACACCGUCAUCAUCAUCAGCUGCAUCGGAUACUGCAACAUCUGUUAUGAUGAUGAGGAUCGUCAGUCUGAAGAACCAGAUCAAUGAGAGUAUGAGAAAAAACAAAUACAACGCUAACAAUGACGAUGACGAAGACAAUGGUGAUAAUAACCAUCAUCAUCAUCAUCGUCGUUAUUAUCACGAUCAUCAUCAAAACCUCCAUAGCAACAAUUCUUUAGACCUGUCGGUCGAGUUUAAACCGGAUGUGGAGUCCAGUCCGCUACUGACUCGUCCGACUGGCAGCAACGACAUCAACAGCAUCAUCAACAACUACAACGAUGACAACAAUAACAAUGGAAACAGCACAAGUGGCAACAAACACAACAACAAAAUAACAAGCAACGAUGAGAAUGAUUGUGAUAAAAAGGAUGACAACAACAACACAAACAACAACUUUAAAGAUUCGGCCAUAGACGUCAGCGAACUACUUGUCGAUAGAAACGCAACAAACAACAACAGCGUAAACAACAACACCAAUGAUGACUUGAACUACAACAAAAACAACAACAACAAUAUCAAAAGUAGCAAAAACAACAACAGCAACAACAACAACAACGGUAUCAUUGUGAAUGGGUUGCCGACGCCAACAGGCACAAAAAUGUUUCCACCUGCAUUCAUUCCAGACUUACUGAUCAGCAACAACACCAACAACAACAACACCAAUAGCAACAACAAAAACAACAACAGCGAAAACAACAAGAACAAAAACGGCAACAUCAACAACGUCAAAACAUCAACAACAUCAUCUUCGUUCUCCUCAUCGCCGUUUCAUUCGCCAUUAAUUGCCGGCUUGGACCUGCCGGACACAAGUUUGUUCGAAGAAAAAGUGAACUUAGAUUCAAACGCGGGCGUCAUUAAGAUGCAAGACUUCAAAAAACUUCACGAACAUUUCGAAAGUCGUCUACUGGAGGAUAAAAAGGACAGACACCUCAGCUCCAGUCUUGACGUUCUUUCUGUCGUCUGA